CACGCCCGUCUCGCCUAGCUUUCCCUUCCCUUCCCUGCCCAGAUGGAAGCGGAGUACCACCACCUCCAGGCGGGUCCCUCCUCCGCCUCCCUCUGGCCGUGCGCGACGAGGCGCAGGAAAAGGGCCGAGGGCGACGACCUCUCGCCGGCGGCGGUGGCCAUGGAUCUCGACGCCGAGGCGGAGCGCGCGGCGGACAAGCUGAAAGCAGUGUCACAAGAACUUGGGCACGAGAUUCGGGUUUUUUCGAGCACAACAUUUGCCGCAGUACCUAACAAUCUGCCCAGUGCAAAGCAUGAGGAAGAUGAUGACUUUUAUGAGCUUAAGCCUGCUGAUUAUUUCAACUUGAUUUCAAACAGGAUGGCAGAACAAUCUAAAAUGCUACAGACUCGCAAGAUGCGCGAGGCAGAACUUGCUGCUCAACGAGCAAAGAUAACAAAGGCAGUAAUGAGGGUGCGAUUCCCUGAUGGUUACAUUCUUGAGGCUGACUUUCUUCCAUCAGAAAGAAUUCAUAGUCUAGUGGACCUGCUUGUGAAAGUACUUGCUAGACCAGAACUGCCGUUCUAUCUUUAUACAGUACCUCCAAAGAAGCGAAUACCAGACACGUCACAAGACUUCUAUACAGUUGGCUUUGUCCCUGGAGCUAAUGUCUACUUUUCUUAUGAUGAUCUGCCCGAAGGUUCGGAGUUAAGUCCAGAUGAUGUAAAAUCAGGACCUUAUCUCUGUGAAGAAAUUCGAAGUUUAGACGGACUGUCACUUCUGUCAAAACCUGCUAGUCAAUCUGAUUAUUCUAGGAUGAACUCUUCUGCUCAUCAAUCUGAUGCAUCUCAAUCUGAUCCUGCACCAGCAGCAAAUAAGAAACCCAACAGACCAAAGUGGUUCAAAAGGUGAUACCACUGGAGGCAUCAAGAGUGUGCCUUCAGCACAGAAGAACUCUGUUAGGCUUGUCAACACUUGUAAUUCAUGGUUCAACAACUUCGAAUUUGAACAGGCUGCACUGCUGUAGUACUAGACUUGGAUCCUCUGCUCACUGAAGCUGUUGGACCAUUAGAGAUUGAUUCCAUCUUUUGUAGGUGGGAUCAGAGUAGCAUGUAAAUUUGAUUUGUUGCAACUCAUCAGAAUGCUGCUGUGGCUGAGUGCUUUGCUACCUUACAAAUCGUGUAAAGACCCCAUAGAAACGUUACAAUAAUAAUCCUAUGUUCUUAACGCUUCACAGAAUGGUGAUGUGCCUGUCUACACACUACAUUUUAAGCAAAGUGAAGUGUUUGAGUUGGCCUGGAAAAUACCAAUAAACGUGGGGUUUCAGAUC